GAAAUUAAAUAGAGAAAAGGUACGACUUUCUUGAUUAGAAUACAAUUUACAUGCAUACACAUAAAACAUACAGCCAGGCAUGCUACAUUAACAUUGAAGAAGAAGAAAAAGAAGAAAGAAAGGGAAGUGCAUAUAUCAAAGACCAGAACUACAACAAGUUUGUUUCGAGUAGAAGGGAAGAGUCAUCCUGCCCUCACUCGGAAGAAAGAUGUCCACUUUGUUUAGCUGCUUCUCCUCGAAGAAAGAUGGACAUAAACCACCACCCAAGGAGCGGGCGAUUCUGGCUUCUGAGACUGCUUGUGAGUAUGCAGUUACAAUAAACGAAGUCGAAGCUUUGUUUGAUCUUUUCAAGAAUCUGAGCAGCUCCAUAAUCGACGAUGGCCUUAUUCACAAGGAAGAAUUUCAGCUUGCACUUUUCAGUAACAGUAGCAAAAAAAAUCUCUUUGCAGACAGACUGUUUGAUUUAUUUGAUAUUAAGCGUAAUGGGGUAAUUGAAUUUGGAGAAUUUGUUCGCUCUCUAAGCAUCUUUCACCCCUAUGCACCUGAAGCUGACAAAAUUGCAUUUUUGUUUAACUUGUAUGAUCUGAGGCACACCGGAUACAUAGAACGAGAAGAGUUGAAGGAGAUGGUACUGGAGCAUUUAAGAGAAUCAGAUUUGACACUGCCAAAUGAUGAUGUAGAAGCAAUUUUAGACAAGACGAUUUUGGAAGCAGAUUUAAAAGGGGAUGGUAAGAUCGAUUUGGAAGAGUGGAAAGUUUUUGUUUCAAAGUAUCCGGCUCUCAUAAAAAACAUGAACCUUCCACUUUUGAGGGAAAUAACUCAAGCAUUUCCAAGUUUUGUGCUCAAGACCGACGUUCAUGAUUCUGAACUACAUUCUAACUCUAGAUAGUAUCAACUCACAGCUUUACACUUCGAGUAUGGAAAGCCAAAGUAGAACAAAUGGCUCCAGUAUUGAACUAUAUAACUCUGUUGUUCACUCAAAAGCCUAGUAUAUUUUCCUCAGUAUGAGAACUGUAACUAGAAUUGAGGUUACCAUUUAUCUGUCUUCAUUGGUUGUUAUCGUUCCUACCGCAUUAAGCUUCAAAACUACAGCUGUGUAAAAAAUUGUCUGCAACCUUUGGAAUGAAAAUGAUUCUUUGUA